AGUUUGAUUCGUUAACCAUUGCGCCACGACGGGAACUCCUUAAUGACUUUUCAAGCACUUAAUCAAAAAUACAGUCUUUGUAACUUGGCUUUCAAAGCCCUGUGGAGUCUGUUCUUUCUCCAGCUCUAUGUGCCAUUGUCCCUCAUGAUUGCUUUUUCCAGCCACAUGGACCUUUCUUAGUUCCUUCCCUUCCAAUUUUUUUGGAUUGGCUGCUUAUUCAUAAUUUCGUGUUCCCAGCCUAGCAGAAAGCCUGGCACAUAGUAGAUGGUGAAUAAAUACAGAUGAAUGGAUGCAUGAGUCAUUGACUGACUGGAUGUUACUGAGCCUUCAUUUCCCAUGUAUAAAUUGUACACUAGUACCCACCAGUGGUGAUUGAAGAUUCAGUGAGAAUAUGUGUGAUAGAUAUUCCCUUUCCUUCUGCUGAUUUUCCUUUGCUUACCCAGGAUAAUAUAGUGGAUUGUUCUUCAAGCUGUUUUCUGGUCAGUUAUUGUCUCUGUUACUAUUCGUUGUGGCUGGUGUUUAUAAUUCAUUUAUUGAAAAUUUAUACUGCAUUAGUGUAUGGAUAAUAGAAGAAAAGGUGUAUACCCACUGAUAGAUGAUUACAAGUUUCUUCCUUAGAGUUAGGUUUGGCUCCAUGUGAAAAGAGACUAAAAAUCACAGUGAUGUAAACGAGUUAGAACUACUUAUUUCUCUUUAACAUAAAAGUCAGAAACGAGGCACUCCAGGUCUUUUAUGGCAGUUCUGACCCACAGGUCCUCAAGGACCCAGAUCCCCUUUAGCCUGCUCUUCUACUACCCUGGACUCUGGCCCUUAUUUGGUCUAAGAUGGUGGCCAGUCAUCCGUUAUUCCAGGAUGCAGAAUGGAUGUGCCACUUGUCCUUUUAGAAAGUUUUCUGGAAGUCGUACAACUGAAUUUUGUCCUGUGUCUCCUCGAAGGGAAGGGAGGCAGGGAAGUGUAGUAUUCAUGCUAUGGGACUCUGUACUUAACCUAAAAACUUAAAUGUUCUAGUUGAAUGGAAAAUGGCAAGAGUGGAUGUAGAAUAUAGGUCUUUGCAAAGAACACAUCAGAUUAAUACGUUAACAUAUUUAACAUUAUGUAGUAUAUAGUAAUUAAUAUUAAAAGGUUAACAAUUUGUUAUUUAUUAUCAUAACAAAUGGUAGGGUGAAGCCACCUGAGAUCUUCAGAUAACAUUGGUUGUCAUUUUGGAGGUAUGAUUGAGUAAACAUUUAAAAAAUGAAAAAAUUGUAAGUUCCCCUGUGAUGCAGUGGGGUAAGGAUCCAGGAUCCUGUGUUGCUGCAGCUGUGGUGUGGGUUGCAACUGCUGCGACUGCUGCACGGUUUGAUCCCUGGCCUGGGAACUUCCGCAUGCCGUGGGUGUGGCAAAAAAAGAAAAGAAAAGAAAAGAAAAAAAUGGCCUAGUUGAUAAGUACAUUACAUGUAGAAAAUUAAAUCUGAUCUUUUACAGGGAUUUUGAACUCACCAUUUUAAAAAUACGUAGUGACAUUUUUGCAGUGGCUGUACUCAUCACAAGGAAAUCUGACCAGUAGUCUAGAGAGCAGAUAUUCUUGAUUCCCUUCCCCUUCCCUCUGUCCCAUUUGCUUUUAAAUCAGUUUAGAAGACUUUUUCUGAAGUAUCUAAACUGAUGAGGCAUGUAGCUCGAGAAUUUUUCAGGAAACUUGAACUGUGAGAAAUGUUUCUGAAACAUGAUUUGAACUCACUUCCUUGCCAUCUUUUACCACAGGCUUUUUAUCUUUUAAUACUCAGAGUAGUUUGGCACAGAGUAGCCAAUUAGCAUACCCUAAGUAAAAUAUUUUAUUCUGUAAUAAUCAUCCUGGAGUUCACGGAUUUGUAAGAGAUAAGAUGAGGUUUGAGUUGAUUUUCUGUGCAGAAAGGAAAAAUCAUUUGUGUCAAGAAAAAAAAAAUCGUAACAAAAUUGGGAACCUAAAAAUAAUCUUUCAAGAUGUUAAAUUUUUUUAUCAGUAAGAUGAAGUUUUUAAACCAGCUUUUCCAUUAAGUGAUUUUGUGAAGAGUAGGAGUAAGCUUUUGAUAGGAUCCAGUUUAGCAUAAAGAAUGUGGAAGGAUUUUGAAGUUGUCAGGGUUGAAAUUGUUGGCCUAUUAAAAAGUUAAUCUAAUUUGGCCUAAAAAGUAAAUGCCUUAAGAAAAAAACACAUCCUCUUACUGUUGUUACAGUGAAAAAAGAAAACAACAAAAAGCAAUGUUGAACUUAAAUUUGCACAAUAUUUGUCAGAAGUUUUUUCUCCAUUACUAGUUUCUUAAAUACUUAGUUACCUGCCUCCUUUUCCUUUGAGAUGUGAGUUCCUUGAGAUUAGGGGCCUAUCUCAUUAAGUAGGAAAUAUAAAACAGUGCCAUAUGGUGCUCUUAACUUAUAUUUCAGUAUUUUUAUAAUAUAAUAGUCAUGGGCCAGUAUUUUUUACCCUUUUCCUUUGCCUAGACUGUAAAAUACAAUGAAUGUGGAGGAGUGCACAAACCUAUAGUCCUACUUCUUGCCUAAGUUUUGCUGCUCCCUUCCUGUGACACUUAGUAAGCACUAGUCUGGUUACUGGAGUAUAAAGCCAAGCUUCUGCCAGUCUCUUUAGAGGUGGGACACUUAGUAACUGAAUGGGGGAAAUCUCCAGAUGCCAGCCUGAAUCCCUCCAGUAGGGGAAGGUUGUCAGUAGCUCUUUUUUUCACUUUCUGGCUUCACAAAGAUAUCUUUCAACUACCCUAAAUAUCCAUGAUAAUAUUGUCUUUAUUUUAAACUUCACUAUGAAUAAUAACAUUCAUAAAGUAGAUUCUGUUCAGUCUUUUAAUAGAUGUUGAAAUGAUUCACAGGAAGAUUAAGUAACUUGCUCAGGGUCAAACAGUUAGGUUUGUUAGUGGGCAGCUCAGUUAGAUUAGUUUGGCAACAAAGCCUGUCUUCUCAUUCGUUGCACUGUUACAGUAUUUUUCCUAGGUAAAAAUCUCUGUAGAUUAUUAUUCUUAGAAAUCUAAGAAGUGUGGACUCAGGGAAUUUAAGUAGCUUGCCUAAGGACACAGCUAAUAAAUAAUGGAAUCAAUUUGAACUCCAGGUAGGCUGUUUCCUAAGCCUGGAGUUGGAGCUGCCAUUCAGUACCCUGGUUCUGUGUGCCGUCAACGUCUGCAUGUAAGCUGCUCUACUCAUUCUGCUGCCCCUUCGCAUGAUAAAAAUACGUGACUCUUCUCCCCAUUGUCUGUUAAAAAUUUGCCACUCUAGUACAGUCUUGUGACAGAAUUUAUUUUGAUGAAAUUAUUUAUAGGUGGAAGAAAUUGAAAGGAAACAAAAUGUGUAUAACACAGCCCCUGCCUUCAAGGAGCUUGCUUUCUUGUUGGGAAAAACCUAAGUAUGGAAGUUGACCUAGAAUAAGAAAACAAGAUGUACCUGCUUAACUCUUAAGUUGGUGAACUUAAUACACUGGAUACUUUGGAGCAAGUUAAAAUUGUCUAUAUAAAAAGAGAUUUUUGAGGGCUUUUGUGGGGGGAGGGGAACCUUAACAGUAGGACAUAGGAUAUUGUUACUAUAGUGGUUUCAUUUGCAGGUGCUUCAGAUAUCAAGGUGAUAUUUUUUAUUUGACCAUGUGGUGAUAGUUAACAUCAUUUUUGUGUGUCAAAAUAGUCUUCAAUUUGGCUUAAAACCAUUUAUGUAUUUUAAAAUAACUAUGUGAGUCGUUAGCAUAUUUUAAUAUCUUGGUGCAGUUAUGUUAGGGUGACAGGUUUUUUCAUAAAUUGAUAGUUAAUAGUUUGUGUUCUUAAACUCUGGCAUUCUUAUAUUAUUUGCAUCAUGCUAGGUUUUUUUUUUUCUUCUUCUUCUUCUUAUGCUUUGAUAAGUAAACUGACUUAAACAUGUGAGGUAACAUUAGCCCUAAAAUACCUAUUUAAAAAUAACUUGUUUCGGAAUGUUACCGCAGUAAAUAGUUUGUUCCUUGUUACCUAAACUUUUCACAAUCAUUAUAGGUAACUUGUCUUUUAAGAUUAUUUUUACGGUCUAGUAUUAAAGGUUGUAAAGAUCUUGGGAGAGUGUGUGCAUACAAUCAAUGGAAGCAAAAUAGAUUAGAAAGAGCAUGUGUUUGUAAUUAGGCACAACUUUACUAAUUUGCCUGAGUUUGGAUAUAAUACUUAAUUUCUAAGUCAGUUUUAUCCUCUAUACGAUGGGAAUGUAGCAAGAUCAUUGUGAAUAUUAAAUGAGAACGUAUAACACUUAGCACAUCACAAACGUUCAAGACUUAGGUUUAUUAAUUAAAAUGCUGGUUGAUAGAAGAACAGAGAUUGAAGAGCAACCAUGGUAUUUUCUUUUUAAUUUUUUGGUUGGGGAAUAUCCCCAUCCUUAAAAGUAAACAGAGAAAGGGAGAGUAAAGAGAGAAACAGAAAGCCAACAAUAAAUUAGUUGUUUUUGAUACUUAUUUGUAGCUUUGGGAUAAUUUUAUACAGAGGGAGACAAUUUGUUUGCUUUGCGUUACCCUGUGCCUUUUCGAAUUACAGAUAAUUUACUACCAAGGGCUUGAAACAAUAGUUUUAUGAAGCUGUUUAACAGAUUUUAAGGCUUUAUUCCAUAUCCAGAUAGGAAGAUAGAAUUAUUUCAUUUCAUUGUGAAAUUCGAAUGAUCGAUAGAAUUUUAGAAUUAGGAUUUCUGAAAUAUGAAAUUUUUUUUCUCUGAAAGUAUGACUUGAUUUAUUAAAUUCAACAACUUAGAAGUUGUUAGUAGACCUUAAAUUUCUUUUGUUUAAACUUCUUUGCAUUCUUGAAAACAGCAUUCAUCUAGUAGGUUAAAAAAUGAUCUUGGUAAAAUAAUAAAAAGAAAACCUUAGGUUCAUGGUGUUUAUAUUCUCAUGAAAUACUUCUUCAUCUCUAGUUCUCUUUCAUGGGUUUACUGCAGAUGUUCUUACUGAAACUGUCACUUUAGGGUUAAACAUUUGCUGUAUUGUAACAUACGAAAGCAGUUAAGCUGUUUGGAAUUGUUUACUUGCUGAAACCAGUGUUAGUCAGCAGAGGCAGUACACCAGAUUUCCUUGUGGCUUUUAGUGGAAAAUGUUAAAAGCGCACUCAUUUUUCAGUUAUAGAAUUUUUUAGUUUGAUCUGGAUUAGUCACAGAACUGGCAUGAACCUUCUAAUUGUGAAGGCUGUCCAAAUGCACUAUUUUUUUCUCCUGCUAGAGGAAGUUACAUCCCGAGCAGUAGCUCAGCUCUCUGGUAAGUGUAACAUGUGAGCAUUACUAGGCAUUUCAUCCUGCAGUUCUGCAGUCUUUGCUCUUCAGACUGUUGCUCAGUUGGAAUGCUUCUGUGGGGCCGAUCCUGGGCUCCUCGAUUUUUCAAGGAUCUACUCAUUUGGUGGUGUCUGUGGCGUUUUGCAAGAUCAUCUGAGGAACAGGAAAGCAUCUAAAAUUGACUGAAAAGGAUAACUGUAGCGGUUUUCACGGUGGAAGGAAACUAUAUUGGCACAGAGGCAGAUGACUGAAUAAAGUAGUUGGCUCAAAGAAGAUGCACAGUCUGCUGUUUUUUUCUCUGAAUGAAGACUAUUUAAUGGAAGCUGUAUUCAUGUGGAGAUCAAAGAAAACACUGGAGUGAUAAACUACUGGGGUCCCCCCUCCCCUUUUCUUUAAUGAAAAGCCUGAAGCAGUAAUUUGAGCUCAAAUGCCUUCUAAUUCCUUCGCAGCCUGCCUGUUCCAUUAGGAUUCUCCGCUAACACGGUUUUUGCUGGGUGCCUGUGCCCUUUUACUGGAGCACCACAGACAACUGCCUGAUGGAGGAGGAAUGAACGCUGCGCCUCGCUUGUACUGUCCAUGGGAAUAAAGCUAACUGUGUUUCUUCUCUUACAUGGGAUAUCUGGAUUAAUCAAGCCGUAUUCCAGCACCAAGAGUCCUAUUGUCUCUUGUGGUCUGACUCAUCGCAUGUAAAUGUACUGCAGCUUUGCUAUUAAUGCAGACUGUUGUCUUUUUUCUUUCUCAAACACAGUAAGAAUUGUCAACCUCUGAGCAACAUUUUAAGAAUUUGUGUUGAGCUCUUGGAUGUAUUUUUUUCUGGAUAGUAUCUGCAUCAAACCAUUGAAACUGAAGAAAUGAAGAUAAAUUAGAAGUGGAAACAGAAUAGUGAGAUUUUAUUUUUUAUUUUCGAUUAUAAGCAAGGCAGCUACUGGUAACUAUAUGACCUUGCAGGCAAGAGUGAUCAUCUCUGCCACAGCAGUUGUUUCUCAUCUUACUCUGCAGUGUGUGGCAUUGUUAUCCAAUGAUCAAGUCAAUUUCUGUGAAACAGAAAAUGACUAUUUUGGUAGGGGGAAGUAUUUUUAAAUGAGCUUGUACUGCACUGCUUUAGUUGUUGACAUGUUGAUGUGAAAUUUCUUUUAAGUAUUAUAGCAACCCAACAAAAAAAAAAAAUAGAAUUUUGUUGUUUUUAGGAAGUUACAAGUUAUGUAGGUAUAAUUUUAAACUUCACUUUUUCCGAUGGUACUUAUUAACUUUAAAAAACCAGCUUCGCUGUUCAGAGAAUGAUUCAGAGUGUUGUACAGAAGAGGAGGAGGAAAAACUACUUGUGCUCUUCCAACUGUGACUUUUAUCACAUAGCUUAGAAUUCAGUUUUUUAAAAGAGCGAAUGAGUCGAGUGUGUAUUGUUGUUUUGGAGGAGGUAGAAGAUGAGCCUCCUGCAUUCAUUUCUAAAUUGCCACAGGAAAAUAAAUCCCUACAUUCUUCACCUUCAGGAAAUGUAUUGCCAUCACUGGUGCAAGCUAUAUUUAAUGGAGAUCCUGAUGAAGUUCGAGCACUAAUAUUUAAGAAAGAAGAUGUUAACUUUCAGGACAAUGAAAAGAGAACUCCACUGCAUGCUGCUGCCUAUCUUGGAGAUGCAGAAAUCAUUGAAUUGCUUAUUUUAUCUGGAGCUAGAGUUAAUGCCAAAGACAGCAAAUGGUUGACACCUUUACACAGAGCAGUUGCAUCUUGUAGUGAGGAAGCAGUUCAGGUACUUUUGAAGCAUUCUGCAGACGUUAAUGCUCGAGACAAAAACUGGCAAACUCCAUUACACAUAGCAGCAGCUAAUAAAGCUGUAAAGUGUGCGGAAGCUUUGGUUCCUCUACUGAGUAAUGUAAACGUGUCCGAUCGAGCGGGGAGAACCGCACUGCACCAUGCAGCUUUCAGUGGGCAUGGGGAGAUGGUCAAGCUGCUCUUGUCUAGAGGUGCCAAUAUUAAUGCUUUUGAUAAGAAAGAUAGACGUGCUAUCCACUGGGCCGCAUAUAUGGGUCACAUUGAAGUAGUGAAAUUACUCGUGGCACAUGGAGCUGAGGUGACAUGCAAAGAUAAGAAGUCUUACACACCUCUCCAUGCAGCAGCCUCCAGCGGGAUGAUCAGCGUAGUCAAAUACCUUCUCGAUCUUGGGGUUGAUAUGAAUGAACCAAAUGCCUAUGGAAAUACACCUCUUCAUGUAGCCUGCUAUAAUGGACAAGAUGUUGUCGUGAAUGAACUUAUAGACUGUGGUGCUAAUGUAAAUCAGAAGAAUGAAAAAGGAUUUACUCCUUUGCACUUUGCUGCUGCAUCCACUCAUGGAGCAUUGUGUUUAGAGCUUCUAGUAAGCAAUGGGGCCGAUGUCAAUAUGAAGAGCAAAGAUGGAAAAACCCCACUGCAUAUGACUGCCCUCCACGGUAGAUUCUCCAGAUCACAAACCAUUAUCCAGAGUGGAGCAGUAAUCGACUGUGAGGAUAAGAAUGGUAACACCCCUUUGCACAUAGCAGCGAGGUACGGCCAUGAGCUGCUAAUCAACACUCUCAUUACAAGUGGUGCUGACACUGCAAAGCGUGGCAUACAUGGAAUGUUCCCCCUCCAUUUGGCAGCCUUAAGUGGUUUCUCAGAUUGCUGUAGGAAACUUCUUUCUUCUGGAUUUGAUAUAGAUACUCCAGAUGAUUUUGGCAGAACCUGUCUACAUGCAGCUGCAGCUGGAGGGAAUCUGGAGUGCCUAAACCUUCUGCUGAAUACUGGUGCAGACUUUAACAAAAAGGACAAAUUUGGGAGAUCUCCACUGCACUAUGCUGCUGCCAAUUGCAAUUACCAGUGCCUGUUUGCUCUUGUGGGCUCAGGAGCAAGUGUGAAUGACCUUGAUGAAAGAGGGUGCACACCCCUGCACUAUGCAGCCACGUCAGACACAGAUGGCAAGUGCCUGGAAUACUUACUAAGAAAUGAUGCAAAUCCAGGGAUCCGGGACAAGCAAGGAUACAAUGCAGUUCAUUAUUCAGCUGCGUAUGGUCACCGUCUGUGUCUUCAGCUGAUUGCAAGUGAAACUCCUUUAGAUGUUUUAAUGGAAACCUCGGGAACAGACAUGCUGAGUGAUUCAGACAAUAGAGCAACAAUAAGCCCUUUACACUUGGCUGCAUACCAUGGUCACCAUCAAGCACUAGAAGUGUUGGUACAGUCUUUGUUAGAUCUUGAUGUGAGAAAUAGCAGUGGAAGAACACCCUUGGACCUUGCAGCAUUUAAAGGCCACGUGGAAUGUGUGGAUGUACUCAUUAAUCAGGGAGCUUCAAUCUUAGUCAAAGAUUAUAUUUUGAAGAGAACACCUAUACAUGCAGCAGCAACAAAUGGGCACUCAGAAUGCUUACGGCUACUAAUAGGAAAUGCAGAACCACAGAAUGCAGUAGAUAUUCAAGAUGGAAAUGGACAGACUCCACUGAUGCUGUCUGUGCUCAAUGGGCACACGGACUGUGUCUACUCACUGCUGAACAAGGGAGCAAACGUAGAUGCCAAAGAUAAGUGGGGAAGGACGGCAUUGCACAGAGGGGCAGUCACAGGCCAUGAAGAGUGUGUAGAUGCAUUACUUCAACAUGGUGCUAAGUGCUUAUUUCGAGACAGCAAGGGCCGGACACCAAUACACUUGUCAGCUGCUUGUGGUCACAUCGGUGUUCUCGGAGCCCUUUUACAGUCAGCAGCCUCUGUGGAUGCAAAUCCAGCCCUAGUGGACAAUCAUGGAUAUACAGCACUUCACUGGGCUUGCUACAACGGUCACGAGACGUGUGUAGAACUCCUUUUAGAACAGGAAGUUUUCCAGAAAAUGGAAGGAAAUGCUUUCAGUCCAUUGCAUUGUGCUGUGAUAAAUGACAACGAAGGUGCUGCUGAGAUGCUAAUUGAUACAUUAGGUGCCAGCAUAGUGAAUGCCACAGAUUCAAAAGGAAGAACGCCUCUCCACGCGGCCGCCUUCACAGACCAUGUGGAGUGUUUGCAGCUGCUGCUCAGCCAUAAUGCUCAUGUCAAUUCCGUGGACUCCUCUGGGAAGACACCUCUCAUGAUGGCUGCAGAAAACGGACAAACAAAUACAGUCGAGAUGCUGGUUAGCAGUGCUAGUGCAGAUCUGACUUUACAAGAUAACAGUAAAAACACCGCCCUCCAUUUGGCUUGCAGCAAGGGUCAUGAAACUAGUGCCUUGUUAAUACUGGAAAAGAUAACAGAUAGAAACCUCAUCAAUGCAACCAAUGCAGCUUUGCAAACACCUCUGCAUGUUGCUGCCCGGAACGGGCUAACAAUGGUGGUUCAAGAACUUUUGGGAAAAGGAGCAAGUGUGCUUGCAGUAGAUGAAAAUGGCUAUACCCCAGCCUUGGCCUGUGCCCCCAACAAGGACGUGGCCGACUGCCUAGCUCUCAUUCUGGCCACCAUGAUGCCUGUCUCAUCGAGUAGCCCUUUAUCAUCCUUGACGUUCAGUGCCAUUAACCGUUAUACCAACACCUCGAAAACAGUCAGCUUCGAAGCGCUGCCCAUCAUGAGGAAUGAACCCAGUUCCUACUGCAGUUUCAACAACAUUGGUGGGGAGCAGGAGUACUUAUACACCGAAGUGGAUGAGCUCAAUGACUCCGACUCCGAGACUUACUGAGAGGCUGAGCCGAGGUCUGGGGGGGAGGUUCUGACACUGACGCUUCAAACUGUGCUUUUUCAGGAAAAAGGCACGCUCUUACUCACGUGCAAAAGCAACCUAUGAGGAAAGAUUGCAGAGUGAGCGAAUAAACGAACUGUGAUGACAUUAGGAAAGAGUUUUAAAGGCAAGUUUUACAAAAGGAACUUCUAGAAUCUUGAAAUAGACUUGACCAGAGGAAAACCUUUGAUGUCAGAUUGCUUUGUGGAAUUAUGUAAUUUGGUUUUGCAAUGCCAGGAAUAAUUUGGGACACUGCACCCUAAUCUGUUUACACAAGCAACACUAUGGUAAAAGAAGAGAUGUGGACACUAUAUUUCAAUUUUACCAGUAAAACUACAACUAAAUUUAAGGGCAAUAAAAGUUUGGUACAGUAGGCAUGACAUGCACAGCAAAUUGCCAAAGGACCAAGUAACUCCAGGGUUUUUAAUAGAAUGCCGUUUUGGAAGCUGGAGCGGGUGAAAUGAGACAUUAUCUAAACUAGGAAAAAAAAAACAUCUGAAAGCCUUCUAAUACUGUAUUAAACCGUGAGAGAAAGCUGAUGUAUUUUUACAUUUUUUUCUUUUACAUAAGAAUUUUAAAAUUCCAACUUUUAUAAAAUUAGAAUUGAAAACCAGCUGACCGAAUGCAGUCAGGGUGAAAAUAUUUGUGAUGUAAACGUGAGCUAGAUUGGGUUGGGCUGUUGUUGCCCAGUCUUGAAUGGUUUAGGUUUAAAAUUGAGCUAUUUUUGUUGGAAAAUGUAAAGAAUUUCCUAGAAGAAGAAAGUUUCAUGCAAUCAGAAAGUAGAUGAUUUCCACCCUGUUGCAGCUACGUUGUCCUGGGGAGUGGAGUUUUCAACCUCACUGCUUUGGAUGGUACACUUUCCUCACCUGUGUCGUCACCCUUGUGCCUCCACAAUGGAUUGGGGGAUUUCUGUUGUCACUGCUUCGUGAAGAAUCAAAAAGAAAAAAAAAACUCCCUUGUUAUUCAUAAGUUAACAUCAUCAGGUCUCAUAGAAGGCAUUUCUAUAUUGGGCAAGGUUUAAAAUACUAAAGCCUUUAGGUCUUGUUCACAUUUAAAGUAGCAUGUUUGUAUCGUGCUACAGUUUGAGGAAAGAAGAAAUUGCCUGCCGAAUUGGAAGACUGCCUUUCAGAUAACAAAAAGAGAGGGCGAAAAGGCCGAUGUUUAGGCUUUUAAAUAACAAUUUACACGGCUCUGCUUUUACUGUAACCAUUACUCUCCCAGUGAAAUGAUUUCACAGAUGUAGGGGGUCUUACAGGUCUGGGUAGAGUUCCAUAAAUUUUCACAAAAUGAUACCCAAUUUCAUUUUAUUCUUUUUGUAUUGUGAAACUGGAAACUUUAUGACAUUGUAAAUUAUCAGCUGGUUUUUUCUGAAUAUAAAGUGUGAAAACACAGAACAGUAUUUUGAUCUAUUUGAUAAUUUUGUGGGUUUUUGAAGAAUUAAUGAGCAUGUAAAUAGAAAUAGUGACUGCUUGAAUACUGUAUUUACUUGCACUCUUUCAGUACAUCAAGAUUCCUGUAUAUUUUAGAGUAUAAUAAAACACAGAUGUGAGUUGUAUUUAAUGAAUAAUGUAUUUGUAUCUGUGCAUAUUACCUAAAAAUCUAUAAAGUUUCUAGAGCAUUGACUACUAGAUUUUAAGCAUUUUUUUCUAAAAUAUUUGCAGAAAUUAUAAAUGUAAUCCUCCAUCUUUUCUUUAUAAUAUAAAGAAGUCAUAUUGGACCCUUCCUAAUUAUUAGUGGUAGGAAGGUGAAUAUGCAUUUUAAAGACAGCAGACUACAUUUUCUAUUGUACCUUUUGAAAAAAAAGAAAACUCAAGAGGAUUCUAAAAGUAUACAUACGUGUGCUUUCUCUUUCCUUUUAGGAAUUCUCUUCUGAAUUCCCUGAGGGAAUUUUCUAGAAUCUCAGAAUUGAAAGAGACCUGAGGUUCAUGCAGUCUAACCUCUUAACAAAUGCAGGAGUCCCUUCUCCAAGGGUGACCUUUCCACCUUGAACACUUCCAGUGACUCUACCUCACCAAGCAGUCCAUUCAGUUGUUGAGCAGCUCUUAACUGCUAGAAAGGUCUUCUUUAGAUGGAGUCGAAGCCUCCCUCCCGGGAACUUCUGCCCUUGGGCCCAGGUCUGUCCUCCAAGAGAACUUGAACACUGAGAACUCGGCAGGAUGACUUGUGCCCUCUGCCGCGUUCUCUCUUUUACAGGCUGUUUGACUCACCCGCUGAAGUGAUUUCCGGAAGGACUCAUUAGACAUGCUGUUGGAUUUAACGCAUCUGAUGAAACCCAAGGUGUAGCUAUAAAGAAACAAGCUGUAUAAUUUAUCCUCACACAUACCGGAAUUCAGAUGUUGCAUCACUUUAUGUAAAUGAUGCUAUGACUGGAAAUAUUUGUGAGGUGGGUUUUCUGAUUGCUUGCCCACUAUUUCAAUGCUUUGUCAUUGCAUUUUUUUAUAGUCCAUCCCCCAGUUUGAUCAGCCAUUUCCUUUGGUCUGCACAUGAUGAGAAAUCUCAAAGUACUUUCCCUGGUAGUAUUUGCACAGCACUGCACAUGAUGAGAAAUCUCGGAGUACUGUCCCCGGUAGUAUUUGCACAGCACUAACAUUGUUGGAGUAAGUACAUGGACUGCUUGAAUGAAGGGACACAGCCCCACAGUGAGAUCCUUUAUAGUUACACCUUGUAUAUCAAAGGCAUUCAGGCCCUGUUCUAUAAUGGUUUUUAUACUCACACAGAAGAGGGAAGCCUGUUUGCUUUUUUAACUUCUGCAUGAAAGAUGACAUCUGAACUAUCUGAUGUGUAUUAUAAUAAUACCAGCUUCUGCUCUGGAACUACUUUGAGGGCAAUGGUGGUAAUAGCAAAUGACCUCCUUUUAACAAGACACUCAACUCAAACAGUGCCAUUUAGUUCAGGAGAUCUCUAAGUAUACCUGUCAAUUUGGGGUUUAAUUUGGCUUAUAUUGGACCUUUUAAAUGAAAUAAAGUUUUUUAAUGCAAUA